AUGAUUGUCACGCUAGCACUCCGUGUCCUCCAGAUGCUGUUCGCCGCCGUCGUUCUAGCAUUAUCUGCGGUAUUGAUCAAAGGUUAUGGCCCGGGCACCUCGUGGUCUCUUAUCUCCUAUGGUUCCUUCUGUGGUGGGGCAGCAUUAAUUUUUGCUGCCAUUGGGGUUGCCGCAUGUUUCGUGGAAGCUCUACAAGGCAUAAUAAUGCUUGCCCUUGAUGGCAUCGCAUCUUUCUUCCUCCUCGCUGGUGGAGUCGCAUAUGCCGCGACUAUCAAGGUCGGCAGCUGCUCUGAUUUGAUCUACAUCAAUGACCACAGGAACCCAUUCUUCCCUGGUGAUCACAAACUUUAUCACGGCAAUAUUGAGAAAGCUGUGUUGGAGGACCUCAAGACUAGAUGUCAAGAAACCCAAGCUAGUACCGCAUUCAUCUGGUUCACAGCGGCUUGCUUUUUUGGGACAACUGCCAUCCACUUCUUGGGUCACAAACGUGGUGGUGGUGCUGCGAGCUACCCAUAG